CAAACAGCUAAAGUUACUUCAGAUGAUGUGUAAUCCUUCUUUUACGAAUGUGUUGUACUUUUAUCCGUCUCUGUUGUUAUUAAUAAAUUAACGAUUUAUUUAUAUUCUAUGCAGUCCAUUUUGGAUGAUUUUUUUGCAAUGGACUUUUUAAUUUUACCUUUACAUAAAAAAAAAUGACAACAACGGACCAAUAAUAUUUUUCAUACACUUUUAUCUUGGGUAGUUCAGAAGAAAUAGAGUUGUGAGUUUAUAAAGAUUAGCACAUUCAUAAUCAUUAUGCGGAGGAUGAACUUUUGCAGACAUAUUAGAUUUUCUAUAAGUCCAUUAUUCCGUUCCUAUAAAUUCAUUUGUGCCAUUGUUGCUGCAGUCUUAAUUUUAGAAAUAAUCAUAUUCCAUGGAAUAGUCAUAUAUGCAUACCUCAAGUUUAAAAACAAUUUUACUCCAUUAUAUGACCCUAGUAAGCAGACUUUCAUUGAAAAGAUUGGAGGCAAUGAAUUUGCUAGAAGCGUUAUUUUUUCUGCAAAAUAUGGCGGUUUAGCCUCAAUAUUACAAGACACCGUAGAAAGGGUUUACAUAACAUAUCCAAAGGAAAUCCUCAAUAAAUCCAUAGCUACACUUAGACUGGACACAUCUCAUUCAGGGGAGUUUUUAUAUCUUUAUCGAAAAAUUCUUUCAAGAAGAAGAUUUCCUUAUUCCAAAUUGAUAGUUGAUAUUGGUGCUAAUGAUGGUUUCUUAUCCAGUAACUCAUUUAACUUUAUACAACAUGGAUGGAAUGCUAUCCUUGUAGAACCUCUGUCAGAACAGCUUCAUCUUGCAAGACAUCAUUUAUCAAGAUAUAUAGAUGAAUACAAUGAAAAAAAGCAGUUUGUUCAAUAUGUAGAGGCUGUCCUAGGAACAGAAGAUGGAGCAGUUAAACUGAUUAUCUCUCCUGAUUUAGCUGCUAUGGAAUCUCAUGUACUUAAUGAACAUGAUUAUGAUGGAACUAAGAAAGUUGUGAGAACAGUGCCUGGGAUAUCUGUUGGUAGAUUUGUUGAGGAUUAUGACAUUCCUAAAAACUUUGGUAUUCUGUCUAUAGAUGCAGAGGGACAAGGGAAUAAGAUAUUACAUCAGUUUAUAGAAUUAGGGUACAAACCAGGUUACAUUAUCUAUGAAGAUUUACAUGAGAAACAAGAUGAGACGGCUCCUGAGACAGUACAAUACCUGAUGACAGCUGGUUACAGGUAUCUGACACAGAGAGGAUGGAAUCUGUUGUUUGAAAAUACUGGCAAACAAAAGUCAUAAUAUGCGAUAUACAAAACUUUGUUUUUACCACAAUGUAUGUGGUGCAUUGACAUACAUAAGUAAUUUGGAAAAUUCUCAAAAAUGAUAAUUUUACAGAAAAUUUGCUUUAUGGUUAGUGCUUUUGGGUCUACAAAGAAUUUCAUUUUUUUUCAUUUAUAUAUUUUUUAUGAAUUAUCUCCCUUUUUCAGAUUUAAGUUUUUUUACUUUUUUUGUACGAAAUACUAAUACUGUUCAAAUAAGUGGGACUAUGGAAAAACAUAAAAUUCAUAAUCAUAUUUUAUAAAUUGCUACCUGCUGUUUUAUUCUUAAAUUGUAAAAUGUAUCAAAUAUAGGAAAAGAAAGGAUAGAUGUUACAGUUGGGUUUUUAUUUUUAGUCUGUUGUUUUCUGAAAGAGCAUAAUUUUUGUUUAUAAAGCAAAAAUUGACAAAAAAUUAACUGUACUUAAAUCGACUUCAUGUGAGAUAGUUGUAUCAUUGACAAUCAAACAUCAUUUCCUUAAUUUAUUCUGAAUCUUGUAAAAAUUUUAUGUACAUCAUAAACGCAUUGUUACAAAAGAAGAAUUUUUUUUCUUUCCCGUUUUUCUUUUUUAAUUUUACAAAGGUUUUUGUUAUUUAUGAAGUUAAUCAAACAUAUGUCAAAUAAAAUUCUAAAACAAUAAAAAAAAACCAAUGUAGAAAUUUCAGGCAACAUUUUAUACACAUCAUAAGUAGUCAUACAAUACCUUUGAUUCAAGAGCCAAGUACAUUGACAGAAAGAUAAGGAUAGAAAUAUAGUGUAUUGCAUGAGGUUUAUGCAGUUAUAUAGCCAAGGUACAAGAUAAAUUAUACAGAACAUUAUUUAGAAAAAUAAUAUUUUACUAUAUGCUGAUGACUGACACCAUUUAAAUGUUUUAUGGGCAAAUUGGAUCCCUGCACCCUUGAACUGAAAAUGCCAUUGUUCCCGCUUGUUAAUAUUCUUAUCUGAUGUAUGAAAAGAUUUGGUAGAAUGAGUAAUACAAAGACGCUUUAUGGUGUCAUCCAUAAAAAGUUUUUCCAGUCAGUUGUUGGUUGUUAAUUUUGUACUGUGCAAUAUUUUUGGCAAUUCCUGUUGUCCUUUUAUGUAUUAUUAAUUUAAUUUUUAGAAUUCUUUCCUUGUAAUGCAUUAUUUGGGUUUAUCAAUCAGAUUGUUUAGGCUUAUAUUAUUAGAUAUGAUUUCAAAGUCAGGAAAAUAAAAAAAGUAGUUAAUCACCUACUUAAUAACUUGAAAAAUUGUAAAUUAGGUAGCAGAAAAGUUUCAAGGAUCUAUGCAUUUAACUAACAGCACUGGUUAUAUAUAGCAUCUAUUAAUUGAGUUGUAGGGCUGAUUUAUUAGAUAAAGAUUGUUAGGUGUAUGUAAAGAUGAUACAGACAAAUCAUGUCACAGUCUAAAGCUAGCAUGACCAGGCAGAUUUUUUACAUUCAGGGUACCAUUAUAAUCGUCAUAUAUAAGAAAUUGAAAUCCAAUAUUAUCUUGUAAUGAUUCUUAUAAGUUUUGCAUAUCUACAAAUACUUAACUGUGAUUGGUCCUUUAUAAUUUGUUUCCUUUGUUUACGCUUCCAUUGAUCAUGUUUCCGAACUACUUUUGUAACCUUAUAAUGUAAACACGUGUUGAUUUCACUGUUUUAUAUUCAUGUGCUAUACAUGAAAGGUGAAAUUUAAAUAAAAAAAUAACAAAUGUUUGGGUUGAGAAUUAUAAGGAUUGGACAUCUUUUCUAGAGGUUAAUUAUUGAUGUGUAAACUGGGCCAAUGUGCUCUUGUGGAAUUUUGCUGUACAAUGAUCUAAAUUGAGAAGAAUUGCCAGUUUUCAUGUCCAAGGUUGGUGGUUCUCUCAGGUAAUUUAACUUCCUCCACCAAUAAAAAAAAACAGACUUCCUUCAAAUAGAUAAGGUUGCUGAAAGUGGCAUUAAAAAGCAUACAACAAACACAAUUAUUGUGCAUCACAAUUUAAAUGAUCUUAUAGAGACACACACAAUGUCUCAUGUGCCUAAUGAUGCUCGCUGAAACAGUUCAUACAUCAAUAAAUGGAGGGGCUAGAGAUCUCUAAUAUAUACAUUAAAAAUACUAUAUUUGUUAAAAUACGAAAAUAACUCAACAAAUUACAGCAUUCAAAGCACUUUUCUUGAUUUACCAUUACCAGGAAAGCUCAAACUCAAAAAUUGAAAAGCCAAGGAUGAUUGAUUGAUUGAUUUUUUAUGUUUAACGCCACUUUCAGGACUAUUUGCUAUAUUGGUAGCUCGUUUUUAUUGCUGGAAGAAGCCAGAGUGCCCAGAGAGAACCACAGACCUUCAGCAGGAAAACCUAAUCAAUUAAGAUUUGAGUCGAACCUACGUGCCAAGGAUGUUUUAAUAUUGAAAUACUUGGAGUACUUUACCCAUCUUGUUCUUUUAUAUGAUAUAGCCAAUGUUGUGAAAACAUAUUUUACCAAUAAGUUUUUAUUUUUUUAUAUAUACAUGUACAUGGUUAUUUUUUGAUUACGCAGCACUUCUUGUUACUCUUAUAUGAAUAAAAUGUUUUCCAAUAA